UUAAGAAAAACAUCAACCCUUAUUGAAGAAGCUGGAGGAUUACGGACGCUGAGCAGCUAAUUAUCUUUCCUUCAACAUUACAAUCUCUGUCAGAGUAAAUAAUCUGAAAGCGCUGUCUGUUUUAAAAUAUCAUUUACUCAAAACUACAUGAGCGUGACAGGACCGCGGCGGUAUCAGAUGGUCGGAAAUCGACGCAGUUGAAUGUGUACACAAGUGAGCCUUAAAUUCCUAUGUGCCUGUCAUGGAGACAAACACUGGAUGCUGGAGGAUUGUCCAUGAUGUCUGUCUGAAUUCAGUGGACAUUUUCUGAGGACGUUGACUGACACAAAGCCUGAAAUGGCGACUGCCUCAGACUACCAGAGGCAAUACGAUAUGAAGGAUGAGGCAGACGGUGUGGAGAUGCAGUCGGAUGAGGGGACCGAGUGGCUUAUGGAGCUGCUGACUGACGUGCAGCUUCAGCAGUACUUCCUGCGUAUCCGUGACGACCUCAAUGUUACGCGCCUAUCACAUUUUGACUAUGUCAAAAACGAGGACCUUGAAAAGAUUGGCAUGGGCCGCCCAGGACAGAGGCGUCUGUGGGAUGCAGUCAAAAGGAGAAGGGCUUUGUGUAAACGCAAGUCAUGGAUGAGCAAGUCUUUGUGCUUGGGCCAACAGGUAUUCACAGGGAAACGUCCCGACUCUGAUUCCCAAACCCCAGGUUCGUUACGAAGUUCAUCGCCCUUAUCAACUAAUCCAGACGCACAGCUGGCCGACCUCACGUGCCUCAUCAGUGACAGAGACCUCACCCUGUAUGAGAAACUGGGUGAUGGAUCGUUUGGAGUGGUAAACCGUGGAGAAUGGCAAGCCCCCUCAGGAAGAGUGCUGAAUGUGGCAGUGAAGUGCCUGAAGACUGAUCUGUUGGACCAGGGUGACGGUCUAGAUGACUUCAUAAGGGAAGUGAAUGCCAUGCACUCCCUAGAUCACCAAAAUCUUAUUCGCCUGUAUGGGGUUGUCCUUACACAUCCCAUGAAGAUGGUUACAGAGCUCGCCCCAUUAGGUUCUUUGUUGGACCGCCUGAGAAAACGACAAGGCCAUAUAUUAAUAUCAGUGCUGUGCCAUUACACCGUUCAGAUUGCCUGUGGCAUGGCGUACCUGGAGUCCCGACGGUUUAUACACAGAGACCUGGCAGCACGCAAUAUCCUCUUAGCAACCAAUGACCUGGUAAAGAUCGGGGAUUUUGGCCUCAUGAGAGCUUUGCCUAAAAACGAUGAUCAUUACGUCAUGCAAGAGCACCACAAAGUCCCGUUUGCCUGGUGUGCUCCAGAAAGCCUAAAGACACGUACUUUCUCCCAUGCCAGUGAUACUUGGAUGUUUGGAGUAACGUUAUGGGAAAUGUUCACUCAUGGGCAAGAGCCCUGGGUUGGGCUCAAUGGAAGCCAGAUUCUUCAUAAGAUCGAUAGGGAGUCAGAGAGGCUUAUCAAACCAGAAGACUGUCCACAGGACAUUUAUAAUGUUAUGCUACAAUGCUGGUCACCCAAACCUGAGGACAGGCCAACAUUUGUGUCUCUCAGGGACUUUCUUGUGGAGACAAUGCCCACAGAUAUGAGGGCACUGCAGGACUUUGAUGAGCCAGACAAACUUAAAAUUAAUGCUAAUGAUGUCAUCACCAUCAUCGAGGGCAGAGCCGAGAACUACUGGUGGAGGGGUCAGAACAGGCAGACUUUAAAAGUGGGACAGUUCCCCAGGAACGUGGUGACAUCUGUGGCUGGCCUGUCUGCUCAUGACAUCAGCCGACCUCUCAAACAUAGUUUCAUCCACACAGGCCACGGAGACACAGACCCACACCGCUGCUGGGGCGCCCCGGACAAGAUCGAUGACCUGUACCUUGGUAAUCCUAUGGAUCCUCCGGAUGUUCUUGGGUUGAUUUCAGAUACAGCCAAGCCUACAAAACUACCAAACCGGUCCAAAAAACAACCUCCUCCUAGGCCUCCUAAGCCAGCAGUUCUUAUUAAGAAACCAUUCUAUGACUCUGUGCUAGAUGAUGAUGAUGAUGAUCUGAUAGUGACAGGUGUGAAGAAGCUCUCCUAUAAGACCCCAACAUACUUGGGUUUGCGUCUCCGCCCUUGGGAAAGUACCAGCCCAAGGGACCGUCUCAGCGAAGUGUCCCUUAUAGACUUCGGGGAUGACAGUUUCAGCUCAGCCUCGCCUUCCCCCAUUACAGAAACUCCCAACCCCAGCACCCCAAAACCAACCAUGUCCUCCGCUGCUUCCAUUCUGGACAUGGCACCACCGCAGAGCCCCAACCGUUCUCUGCCCAACCCCUUGCACCCCACACCGGUGGUGGAUUGGGACAUGCGCCCCUUGCCUUGUCUCCCAGCAUAUGACGAGGUGGCUGUGGAGUGUGAGGAGCAGGAGGAUAUUGAGGUGCGUUCCAUAAAUGCAUCUGCAGUGCUUGAAGACACUACAUCUAAAGAGAUACGAUCAGAAGAUGAUGCUAAACUCAACGUGGAGGACAAUCUCUUUUUACCAUCCAAGAGCGUUGAGGAAAGCCAUUCCUUUUCACAAUCAGCAGACAUCUUCAAGGAACUCCAGAGGGAGGCCAUGGUGAAACUUCGCGUCCCUCCGACAGGACGUUCCCUACCUUCUUCACCCAUUCCUCUUGUACCACACCGCCAGAUCAUCCUACCCUCAUCCUACGAGGACAAACCUCAGAUCCCCCCUAGAAUCCCAAUCCCACCCAUGCGUCCCUCUAGGCGGGCAGGAAUAUACGGCAGCAGACUGUCAAUCUCUCUCGGAGACCACGAAGAUGGGAGCCGUUCUCCACCUCAGAUACCCCCAAGGGAUCACGCAUUAUCCCAGCCCAACUCUCGGGCAGCGAGCCCCAUGGCACCACAGGGAGGCUCCCCCCAACAAAGAUCCAGCCUUUGCUGUGUCGGAUCACUGGGAUCCUGCCUCUCCCCAUCAUCUUAUUCCUCAGCGCCAUCCAGCUCCUCCGCCACCUCUUACACAUCCACGACCACCACCAGUUCUCAGUAUGGCUCAACUGACGUGAGGCAAACCCAGAGCCCCUGCUCCCUGCCUAGCUUGUAUGGAGGUGUAAAGGCGACCACUACUCAUUAUUAUCUUCUACCAGAGAAACCAACAUAUCUGGACAAGUUUGAUCGGUUCCUAAAGGAACCGGAGGGGAGUGAUGAGAAAAGAACCACAAAUAUGGCAACUGUCAGGCCUAUGGUUCAACAGCAAGUCAAUAAACCCAACCUUUCCCCUGUGCACACCACUAACAGUGGGAGCUCCCAAAAUCUGGCUUGGCCGGGAGGACCAGCCACACCGUCUACUACCUACAAUCGUGUCCCAGUACAACAAGUUCAGGAGGCGGUACAUGGCGUUACCGUAGAGGAAUGUCAAUCGGCUCUUCAGACUCAUAGCUGGAACAUUCAGGAGGCUGUGAAAUACCUAAAGGUGGAGCAGCUGUUUAGGCUCGGUCUGAAAGCUCGUUCUGAAUGUGUGGAGGUUUUGGAAAGAUGUGACUGGAAUCUGGAGCAGGCCAGCACCCAAAUGCUUGAUUCCUAUGGUCCAUCUAGACAUAGGUUGUAACAGCAAGGAUGGAGGAUGGAGAACUGAACUUUUCUCCUUUCCAAUAAAGAAAAUGAGAAUCAAGCCUCGCAGAAGAUAUCUGCAGGUCAUUUACAUUUCAUUGCUUUGCUGGUUAUAAUAAAUGCAAACUUGAAGUACAGUAGUGUGUAAAACAUAGAAAAGGAACAAUGUAUAAGAUUUUGUUGUAUGCUACGCUUGCUAAGUAAGUUUUAAGAUUCUGAAUAAUGAUACAAGGUUUGCUUUGAUUGACUGCUUGAUCUUAUGCUGUGAUUUUGUGAGACAGCAUCUAAUGCUUGUAGUUUAUUAAAAAUAUUUUAUGUAAAGUGAUCACGACAGUGUAUUGUACUGCCACAAGAAACUUAGGUGUUGUCAUGUACUGUAUUAAGAAGAAAAAUCAUUUUGAUGCCUAUUUUAACUUAUAUAAGCAGUGUGGCACUGCUAAGCAGAAGUAUAUACGUAUAUAAGCAAAGCCUAUUUUUUGUUUUAAUGUAUGCUGUUGAAAAUAAUUGUUUGAAAAAAGUACACAGUGACAGGUUCACAAACAGCAUUUUGUUUACCCGGCUUCCAUUUGAAUUUAAAUAUAAUCUAAAGAUUGCCUUUUAUGACAUUCAUGAUCAUUAUUCUCUGUAGGCCACUUUCUAUCAUUUUUGAUCAUUACCAAAUUAAAAUACAUGCUGACACAGAAAUGUUUUUCAUUUAUAUAUAGUUCUCUAAAGCAGCAAAUUGGCUUUCAGCAUGAAAGCAUGUGUUUGCUGCUUUUACACUGAUGUGUAAAACAGCCCUAACCAAUUCUACUCAUUAUUUAACCCUUGUGCAUUGUUCAAAUUCACUACUCUUUUGUUAUGUUUGGGAUGAAAAUAUCCACUAAAUUAAACUGCUGUAAAAAUG